AUGGGCUCCAUCUCUCCCUCGUACCCCCCGGUGUACCCCCCGUUCCCCAACACGGGUUCCCUGAGCAACUUCAAACUGGUGCACCUGACCCCCGCCAUUGGCAGCGAGUUUCGCGAUGUUGAUGUGACCGAGUGGCUGCGCGAGCCCAACUCGGACGAUAUGCUACGGGAUCUGAGCUUGUUGCUGGCCGAGCGCGGCGUCAUCUUCUUCCGCAACCAGCACAACAUCAACGACACCCUGCAGAAGGAGCUCUGCCGUCGUCUCAACGAGCUGUCGGGCGCUCCGAAGGAAAAUGGCUUCUAUCGGCACUCCCUGCUGGCCAUGCAGGGCGAAGACCCCGAGAUGGGCAAAGUUGAUCCGGACCGUCUGCGCAGCAUGUACAACAAGCCGCUGAACGGUAUGCCCCGUCAGACGCACAUUCGCGAGUGGCACACCGAUUCCAGCUUCGAGUACAUGCCUCCAAGCUAUACUGUACUGCGACUGGGCGAGAUGCCCGAGACGGGCGGCGACACCCUCUGGGCCUCCGGCUACGAACUCUACGACCGCCUCUCUCCCCCCUACAAGAACUUCUACGACACCCUCACGGCAACCCACAUGUCGCCCGCCCUCGCCGAAGUCGGCCGUAAAAACCCUAAGGGCAUGGACUCGGGUCCCCGUGGCGCCAGCGGCAACGUGGGGUUGGAUUUCUGCACCCAGCAUCCAUUGGUGCGCACGCACCCACUGACCGGCUGGAAGGCCGUGUUCGGCUGGGGCACCAACUGUCACCAUAUCGACGGAGUGACGGAGAUGGAGAGCAAGGCCAUCUUCGAUAAGAAUCGUCGGUUGAUCAUGGAUAACCAGGAUCUGCAGGUGCGGUUUCGAUGGGAGAGUACGGGCGAUUUGGCCGUGUGGGAUAACCGUUGUACAUUCCAUUCGGCGACUCAUGAUCAUUUUGGAUUGGGAGAGAGGGUGGGUUGGCGGUGCAUGGUGAUGGGUGAGAGACCGUUUUUGGAUCCCAAGAGUAAGAGUCGGAAGGAGGCGACGGGGGGUUGGCCGUAUAAGUUGGAGAAUCCAAUUGAGGGUUAA